UCUUUUGGGAGUUGUGCAGUGGGAAGCUUGGAACCUGCGAUCGCUGAUCCAGAAUUAAGAAAGCGGAUUUGGAAUAGUGUUUCAAUAAAGUGAUUUUUAUAUUCCAAGCUCUUUUAAUAACUAAAAAGUUUAACUUUUGAAACUUGCGGCUGGUUCGAAAGUUUCGAUUUAAAAAUAUAUAUUAGAAUAUAUAAGUUCCCGAAGUAAAACCAAAAAGACCGCAAAAUGGCCCAGGAGACGGAGACGGUGGCGGGAGCCAAAGAUCAGCACCAUAUCGAUGAGGAUGAAGUCAGCGAACUGCAGAAGUCGCGCAGCUUUUACGAUCGGGUUCGCGAAUUGGCGGAGCGAUUUGCCGGAACGCAAAUUGGCCAAUUUGUUAUUGAACGGGCAGAUCGAGCAUUGGUUAUGAUCGAGGAUACGGCCAAGUGGAGUUUGCCACAGGAGAAAUCUGCUGCUCCCCUCGAACGUCCUUUGCCUUGGGCUCCUUUUCUGCUGCUCAUCAUCCUGCUGCGACUCACUCGCAUUUGGUUGUCGGUGGGCGCCUUGAUGAUCGGCAAUGGUCCUAUUUCCCCCUCGGAUAUGGUUUACUUUAUACAAACCCGUCGUCGCAAACUGCGAGCCAUUCGAGUUCAUGGUCUGAAGGUAAUGAAGCAUCGCCAGCAGGAGGUUUCCUACGGCAGUGGCAAGGGUUUGACCCAGAAACUCAGUCAGUGGGUUUCUCGAGCCAUUUGUCGUCCAGGAGUUCAGCAGGACACCAGCAGUCGAAGGGUAUUUGUACGCCAUUCAGAGCAGGGCCUUUCCAAUUCCGUGGUUGUUAAGCGUCCGCGGGAAGAAGACUCUCAUGUGGAUCCCGAUCACAAUCUGACCAUUGACCAAAUGCUGGCCAAGUACGCGAAUGAAAACUCCGAGGAUGACUCCGAUUUUGUUCCCAAUGAGGAAGAGGAGGAGACCAAUACCAGCAGCAGCGAGGAAGAUAGUGAAUCCGAGUCCGAGUCCAGCGGGGAGAUCAGCAGCAGCGAGUUGAAAGAGCUCGGCGAUCAGGCCAAGAAACCACCUGUGGUGGAGAAUGGAGUGCACAAGGCCGAGGAGAAUAAGGAUAAGGAAAACGAUAAGGGAAAACUGAACGUAACGACAACCAGCAACGGCAACAAAGACAAGGAGCAGGCGGAAGUUGCUGCUGGCCAGCGGGACGAGCAGUGGAAAUCUUCGCCAGGACAUGUGAGUGCCGCCAUGAUGAACACCCGAUUCUACAAUAACACCGCCGCUGCAGCAAGCUCUGAUCCCCCAAAUUCAACUCAACCUGAACCUCAACCAGAAGCAGAAUCUGAAACUGAAACUGAAACAGAACCUGAACCCCAAUCCGAACCCCCAUCCCAAUCCCCAACCGAAAACGAUGAAUCCAACGAAGACGAGGACGAUACUUGCAGCACCAGUGGCAGCAGUCAAACUGGGGGCACUGUCUGCCCAAGGAAAAUCGAGGCCAACGAGACCCAGCCAGAUACCCAAGCUGAACAGAUCCUCCUCCUCGAAGUUGCCGCCAAUCUGAGUGCCUCACAACUAUCCAACUAUCCCACUGUCGACACCCUAACUCCUGCCACCUCCUCCGAAGAUAUAUUCUAUAGUCCUAUCGGUUCCCCCACUUGCUUCAAUACUAGCCUAGGAACCCAGGCUCUUCUCAAGAAGGCCAGCAUCCAAUCCGUCCUGGCCCACUCCACUCCCACUACGGAGAAGAAAGAUCCACCCACUGAGGAGGCGAACAGCUCCAUUUGCCAAACUCCCGAACCCGAGAAGCCCCAAUCCCAGCCCCAAAAGGAAGUCCAUCAUCAGCCGCAAAAUCAUCAGCAAAAUCAGCAGCAACGUCAGCGGAAUCAUUCCCACCAACGCUUCCGCGGACGCAAUCGGCGCUAGACUUUGGCUAUAACCAUAUCAUAUCGCUUCGAUUUUCCUUUUAGCCAGCUAGCUUUUUUCUUUUACUUUUUACAUUCCCAUAUUGUUAGUGAAUACUGCGAGUAAAUCUCUGAACUUAAA